AUGAACAUCCUUACCAAUGUCAUGAUGAUUGCUCUACCGACUCCAAUGGUCCAGAAACUGAAAUUGGGCAAGCACGACAAGGCUAUGCUAUUUGGUCUAUUUCUUCUGGGGGGGUUCGUAACAAUCACUUCGAUUCUACGGACCACCUCUGUCCAGCAUCCGUUGAAAAACAGAAUGGACAUUACAUUCGACUUCAUCACACGCGGCAUCUGGACGCUGAUUGAGGCGAACCUGGGCACCAUUAUUCCGUGUCUGGUAGUGUUGAGGCAGGAGCUUGUAGUUGUGUCUCCGCGAUCGCUUAGAAAAUCUCGAGCUGCACAGCCCGGUCGCGAUGACGAGAAGGGCUUCGCAUUCUGCUCUCCUGGUGGCAUCGGUCACGCCAUUGCAACUGAAUUCCAGAAAAAUGGAUAUCACGUCAUUGCCACGGCGCGUCGAGCCGAGGUCCUUGAAGAGUUGCGCAAGACGGGCAUGAGCGUAGUCUCGCUGGAUGUUUGCGACAAAGCCAGCAUCCAAAGAUGCAAGGAAGAGGUCGCGCAGAUUACCGCCGGAAAACUCGACAUUCUUGUCAACAACGCCGGCGUCAACCACACUAUUCCCGCUACUGACAUUGACAUUGAUGAUGUCAAACAGACCUUCAACGCCAAUGUCUUUGGCCCGAUGCUCAUGUGCCAAGCUUUCGUGCCGCUCCUCAUCCCUGCCCGUGGCCUCAUCAUCAACAUCUCUUCCGUGUCGGCCAUUGUCCCGUACCUCUUUGCAUCCGUCUACUCGUCGACAAAGGCUGCGCUCGACGGCUACUCGCGCACGCUGCGUCUGGAGCUGAAGCCGUUCAACGUACGCGUCAUGGUGGCCAUGACGGGCACCGUAAAGUCCAACAUCACCUCGCACUUUGUGCGGGAGCUGCCGAGCAGCUCGCUCUAUCAGCCCGUCAGGGACAUGUAUGAUGAGCGCAUACAUUUUAGCCAGAAGAACUCGCCCAUGGACGCCGACGUCUAUGCGAAGAAGCUGGUCGCGGCGGCGCUCAAGGGCGAGGGCUGGUUUGGCGGCUUGUUCGGAAGGACGCCCGAUUGGUUCUGGGCAGGCGGCCUCGCAAAUGUCGCAUGGUUUGGACAGACAUUCUUUCCGCGGCGGUUUGCCGAGUUUCUUACGUCCAUUACUUUCAAAAUUUCAAAGAUGGCCUAUAUAAUUGCCGAGGCCAGAGCCAAGAGGAAUUGA